AUUAAGCAAACCCACAAUAUAAUUGGCAGCUUUGGAGAGAGCUUAAAUUCUGCAAGAAAAUACUUGCUUUGGAAUUUUAUUCUUCUGCUUGCUUUCUACUCUGUGGGGUCAGCAAACAAGCUGAAAAGCUUAUUUAACAGCACAAAAGCAAGAAAAAUGCCAGCAGAGUACUAACACAAGGAAGCCCGUUGGGGAGCUUCAAUUCUUAUUCCUUGCAAGGAACUUUGAAGCGGAUUUAUUUGCAGUAUUUUCUACAGUACUACAGGAAGGAUCAACCUCUACAGCAACAUGUGAAGAAGUCAACCUUAAUUAUACAUUAUUUGUGGACAAGGAGAUGCUUACUGCUGUCCAGCUUUGGCUAUAUGAACUAUUAUGGCAUUUGGAAGAAAAUAAUUAUUUGCUGAUGACCAGUGGAAUGCUCUCUUCAAUACUUAAUAAUUCAGCUGUGAAGUUUUAAAGCCAAGCUGAACACAUACGAAAUCAUCCAAGGACCACAUUUACACACCUUACCUGAGGAUUUUACUGUGGCUACAGCGAAAUAAAAGGUACGGCUGUACUAAAGAAACACCUAGUUGUAACUAUUAACUGCCAUGAUGAUGCUAAGCUCCAACUGUUCUACUGAAGAUUCCUUUAAGUAUACUUUGUAUGGAUGUGUGUUUAGUAUGGUAUUUGUCCUUGGUUUAAUAUCAAAUUGUGUUGCUAUAUACAUUUUCACCUGCAGAUUAAAAGUACGAAAUGAAACAACUACUUAUAUGCUUAAUUUAGCAAUAUCGGACCUGCUUUUUGUUUUUACAUUGCCCUUCAGGAUUUAUUAUUUUACAACAAAAGACUGGCCAUUUGGAGACAUACUCUGCAAGAUUUCUGUCACGCUAUUUUAUAUAAACAUGUAUGGAAGCAUUUUCUUUCUGACUAGCAUAAGCAUUGACCGCUUUUUAGCUAUUGUACAUCCAAUGCGAUCUAAGACUAUUCGAACAAAAAGAAAUGCAAAGAUUGUCUGCAUCACAGUCUGGAUAAUUGUGAUAGCAGGAAGUACACCAGCAAGCUUUUUUCAAUCCACCAAUGCUCGUGUAAGCACAGGAGGAGUCACCCAAAAUACAUGUUUUGAAAAUUUUUCUGAAGCAGUUUGGAAAGUCUAUCUUUCAAGGAUUGUCAUCUUCAUUGAAACUGUAGGAUUUUUUAUUCCACUGAUACUGAAUGUUACUUGUUCCACAAUGGUUUUAAGAACUUUAAAUAAGCCAGUUACACUUAGUAGGAAUAAAUUAAGCAAAAAGAAAGUCCUCAGAAUGAUUUUUGUUCAUUUGCUGAUAUUCUGUUUCUGUUUUGUGCCAUAUAAUAUUACCUUAAUACUCUAUUCACUCAUGAGAACACAAACAUGGAUUAACUGUUCGGUAGUUGCUGCUGUCAGGGCUAUGUAUCCAGUCACACUGUGUAUUGCAGUUUCAAACUGUUGCUUUGACCCUAUCGUUUAUUAUUUCACUUCAGACACCAUUCAAAAUUCAAUAAAAAUGAAGAGCCGGUCAACUAGAAGAAACUAUUACAGAGUCUCUGAAACUCAAGUUCCUGACAAACUCAUUCAACAUGGUCUCCAGACCUUAAAAACAAGAAUAUUUGACAUUGAAUCUACAAUAUAAAUGGAGUUGAGAGAACUGGAAAAAGAAAAAUGAACAUUUCUUGAUCUGUGGGGUUUCUGUUUCUUUGUAUAAAGAGAUGCAUACCACAACACAG